AUGAGUAGCUUAAAUAAAAUGAAAAUAAGUAUGUCCAAAGAGGAAUGUGCUGAAAUGUCUUUGGACGAGGAACCGCUGACGAAGUUAUUCGACGAUGCCAUGAAAAUAUUUGAAGCUAUAGAGAAAAGCAAUGAGCCUACAAACAGUAACAGUACUCAGUUGAGUGUAAAGUCAGCAAUAUCAAAGUUUGAGAAGGCCACCAACCUCGUGUCUCUGGCAGAGAUGUUCAGCCGGAACGAGGGUGUGGAGGAGCUGCCCACAGAGACACUGCGCUACUUGCUGCUGCCUGCGCUGCUCGGCACUCUCACUCUGAAGCUGUGCAACCAACCACGAAUUGAUCUUGUCAAUGUGGCUGAGAUUUAUUACAAAGAUUUCCUCCAGAGGUGUAAGGACUAUGGAGUAACAGACCUGGAGGUGCCAUCCACCAGUGACUCACGCCAAGUAGAGAGGCCACACAGUGAACAAGCUAAGAUAGCCAGUUUGGUGCAAACCAGGGAGGCUAAGAUCAGGAGGUACAAGCAGGCGCAGGAGCUGAAAGACCAACUAGCUGUAUUGUCCAAAGCGAUGGAGUCCUCAGCCGACGACGAGACAAAGAGAGCAUACUUCCUGAAGCUGCUGCAGAGCUACAUCAACCAGGCUUUUGAGGAACUCAGCAGCAUUGAGCAGGAGAAGUCUAUAUUGGAGUACAUGGCUAAGAAUGCCGGAGAGCCAAAGCCAGCGGAGCGCCCCCGCGCGCCAUUGAGGCCGGUGAUCAUAACUCGCGACGAGCUGCAGAAGGCAGUGUUCGGCGCGGGCUACCCGGCCAUACCCUCGCUCACCGUCGAGGAGUUCUACGACCAACGAGUUAGGGAAGGCCUGUUCCCUGGAGCAUGCACGAGUAUACCGCACACAACUAUACAGAGCACUGAGAACGACCCCGACGAGGAGGAGAGGAUACGAAAGGAGCUCCUAGAGGAACAAGAUGACCCUGAAGAGAGGGCGAGAAAAAACAACAUGGACGAGUACAAGGACGAGCAUCGCCGCGGAUGGGGCAACCGACACAACAGGAGCUAG